AUGCCCAGAGACCAGCCGGAAGAAUUCAAGACAUCAAACCCUCCGCCUGUGGAAAUGGAGAAGACCACAACAUUCUCUGAAAUCGUAGCGAACUUUGACUCAGCUGUCCUUUCGAAUGACGCCGUGAACGUGCAAGGCUGGCUUCAGGCAGUCGACUGCAGCGAGGAUCAAGAUGGUGCGCCAUGUACGCACGAAGAUGCUGUCUCUGAGCACUUUGAUGUUGCCAUCACCACAGAAGACGAUCGUACACCUACGCUCAAUAGCGACACUGACACAGAGUACUCCGACAGUGUCGACAGCACCGACACUGAUGCCCUCGUUAAUGCCGCAUUUGAAUUUUUUGCUCCAUUCUGCGUUAACCUUGAUGGUAUCGAUGUUGACAUCAUCCCUCUUGUCAAAUACUCGUUCGAUCUAACAGAAGGAGGAGAAUGCGCUGAUCCCCGUGGCUUUAUUGAGGAAGCAGACGCAAUGGCCGACCUCAUCCGGAAAGCACGCGAUGGCACGUUAGCCGACCAUCGUUCAGAAACACCUAACGCUGUAAUGCCACUGGUUGAGGAUCUGGUCGAGGGCCUCACUACGGAACCUACUCUGGUACACAGCGAGGCUACCACUGAUCCAAACUGCGGCAAAGCUACCAGUAGCCAUCCCUCGGACUUUCAGGAGACAGCGGUGGAGCGCUCAGCUGAUACGCCGCUCAAGCCCUCAUCAGAGGUCAAGGACGAGACCGCCUUGCCAGAGGCUCGGUCAUUCUGGCGAUUGGCACGAAUGAAAAAGGGCGACAAGAGACCUUCGUUUUCCUCAUCGAAAAAUGCGCUGUCGCAUAUGUCCCCGUGUACCUUACCGGGCGCACCAUCCUCGUCUGCUCGUGCAUCGCAUCGUGCAUUUCUAUGCCCGUUUUCCAUGUCGCUGGACUUGUCGACAAAAGAAUUUGUACCGGCGUACGGUACAUAUCUUGCUCUUUGGCUGGAUCCAGUCAAGAUGGCGGAGUGCGUUGACGACCCUCGCGUGCGAGCGGCAGCACGCAAACUAUCUCCUCGCAAGUACAUUGGAUAUGUAGAUAGGAUUUCCCGAUGCCUGAUCGUCCAUGGCAUCGUAGCCUCAUACGAUUUGUCGGGAUCGGACGUGAACCGCUCCAUCCUUCGAGACCGUUCCCGUUCCCGAACUGCUAUCAGCAUUGCCAUGUCCACACUACUGAAAGGUGUUUCACCGAUACGACCGCUACCAAUGCAGCCGGAUACACAGCUGGAUGGAUCCGAAGCUGUCGCUGAAGAUGUACUAGCUGUCGACCUGAAGAAUGCGGAUCGCGUGGUGGGGUGGUCCAAGACAGCGGACGGUAGCGAGAAGCCGCUCGAUCCUGAUGAUGCUGACCCCGAUGUGGCCAGUGCUGACAUGGAUAUGGCUGCGUCCGGUAACAACGUCGAUUCUACACCUGCUGCCAAUGAUGGCGAUGAGUCCGAAUCCUGUACCGUCGCCGACGACAUGGAAGACCUUUAUGUAAUGUUCGACGCUUUCCUCUUCUCAAAGCUCUCGGAUCCCGCCUUUGAUCUAAUUCCCCUGGUCAAAGUUUCGUAUGAUUUGACAGCAAGAGGAGAACCUGCGGAUCCCCGUGGAUUCCUGGAAGAAGCCAAAUCCAUGGCCGAGCUCAUUCGAAAGGCGCGUGAUGGUACACUGGAAGACGUGAGCGAUUCGGGCGCGGUUGUCUCCGUCAUAUCCUUCGAUGAUGUCCAGAAGGAAGAGUGUCUUGCCCUGGUGCCUGCGGCGGAGAACGCUUCUGCCCAGGACUCGCCCGCGAGCGACUCUAACACUGGUACUAGUAUCGUUGAAGACAUUCCUGAGUGUGCGGGGCCGGCCACCACAGUAACCGAACAUCUUGCCGAUACGCCGCCCGAAGCGCAACCCGAGACAGAGGACAGACCGCUCUUUCCUGAGGCUGAUCCAUCGCCACACACUGCAGAGAAGGACGUUGUCAACACUUCAUCUCGCUCGCUGAAAGGUUCGUAG